UCUUUCUCUCUCUCCCUAGCCGUCUCUCGUGCUCUCUUGUUGCUCUCUUCAACCCUCCCAUAUUUUUUAUAGUCUGGUUUUUGUGAGUAUUUACUGAUUUUUUUGUUUGAUUUUAGGAUCUGAUCUGAUAAAAAAAGAUGUUUGGGAGAACGCCAAAGAAAAGCGACAAUACUAAAUACUAUGAAAUAUUGGGAGUGCCCAAGAACGCUUCCCAAGAUGAUUUGAAGAAGGCUUAUAGAAAAGCUGCGAUUAAGAAUCAUCCUGAUAAGGGUGGUGAUCCUGAAAAGUUUAAAGAGUUGGCUCAAGCUUACGAGGUGCUGAGUGACCUGGAGAAGCGUGAGAUAUAUGAUCAGUAUGGGGAGGAUGCUCUUAAAGAAGGAAUGGGUGGAGGUGGUGGUGCUCAUGAUCCAUUUGAUAUCUUCCAAUCCUUCUUUGGUGGCAAUCCUUUUGGUGGUGGUAGCAGCCGAGGUCGAAGACAAAGAAGGGGAGAGGAUGUAGUCCAUCCCCUCAAGGUUUCUUUGGAAGAUCUCUAUAAUGGAACUUCCAAAAAGCUUUCACUUUCACGCAAUGUUAUUUGCUCCAAAUGCAAGGGUAAAGGGUCUAAGUCAGGUGCAUCGAUGAAAUGUUCUGGUUGCCAAGGUUCAGGAAUGAAAGUCUCCAUCAGGCACCUUGGUCCUUCCAUGAUCCAACAGAUGCAGCACCCUUGCAAUGAGUGUAAGGGUACCGGUGAAACCAUCAAUGACAAGGACCGCUGCCCACAGUGCAAAGGUGAUAAGGUUGUCCAAGAGAAGAAAGUAUUGGAGGUUAUUGUUGAAAAGGGUAUGCAGAAUGGACAGAGGAUUACUUUCCCCGGUGAAGCUGAUGAAGCUCCUGACACAGUCACUGGGGAUAUCGUCUUUGUCCUCCAACAGAAAGAUCAUUCAAAGUUUAAACGAAAGGGUGAUGACUUAAUUAUAGAACAUACAUUGACCCUUACCGAGGCACUCUGUGGCUUCCAAUUUAUCCUGACCCACCUUGAUGGCAGACAACUCCUCAUUAAGACCCAACCUGGUGAAGUGAUUAAGCCUAAUCAAUUCAAGGCCAUAAAUGAUGAAGGAAUGCCCGUGUAUCAAAGGCCAUUCAUGAGGGGUAAACUAUACAUUCACUUCACAGUCGAUUUUCCCGACUCCUUGGCCCCUGACCAGUGCAAGGCACUCGAGGCUGUGCUACCUCCAAGGACCUCAGUCCAGCUGACUGAUAUGGAGCUGGAUGAGUGUGAGGAAACAACUCUAUAUGAUGUUAACUUCGAGGAAGAGAUGCGUAGGAAACAGGCACAAGCUCAAGAGGCGUACGAGGAAGAUGAUGACAUGCAUGGUGGUGCCCAAAGAGUGCAAUGCGCUCAGCAAUGAUUGAACAAAUGCCGGUGGCAGAAAGUGCCAAGUGGAAUGUACGUUUAACAAAAUUAUUUGAAAAUAUUAUUCUCAAUAUUGUUGUUGUUUGCUUAGUCUUUUAUCCUUCUGCUAUAUAUGUUCUGGGAACUGAUAAAACGUAUGGAAAGAUUUAGCUUUGGAAGUUGACCUAUUUGUUUAUGA